AUGGCUCGUAAGACCGUGUCCUGUCGUCUCAACGGUCUGGAGAUCUCGCUCAUGGUUCUGUUCUUGUUAAUGACGGCCGUCUCAGUGGGCUUAAUAACAGUCUUAGCCCUAAAGCUGGAUUCAGAGAAACAGGAACCCACCAUCCCCACAGUGAAUCCUCCAGAGAACCACUUUCUCAUUGGUGUAGGCCGAGCAGACUGCACAGGACCUGUGGCUGAUGUACCUCUGAUGGGUUACGCCAACACUGAUCAGACAGCGCGAGGCCUUCACACGCGUCUGUUCAGCAGAGCCUUCAUCGUGGAUGAUGGAAGCAAACGAGUGCUGUUUGUCACCGCUGACGUCGGCAUGGUCUCUCAGAGACUGAGACUCGAGGUUUUGCGAGAGCUGAAAGUGAAGUACGGAGAUCUCUACAGACAGGACAAUGUGGUGAUGAGUGGCACACACACUCAUUCAGGUCUGGCCGGAUAUUUCCAGUACACCCUCUUUAUGAUCACCAGCAGCGGCUACAUUAAACCAUCUAUACAAGCCAUGGUCAAUGGAAUAGUCAAGAGUGUUGACACAGCUCACCGAAAUUUAAAACCCGGACGAAUUUUCAUCAAUAAAGGAGAACUGAUUGACAGCAAUCUGAACAGAAGUCCACACUCGUAUCUGAACAACCCUGAGGAGGAGAGAAACAGGUAUGAACACAACACAGACAAGCAGAUUGUCAUCAUGAAGUUUACAGAUAUGGAUGGAGAUGGCAUGGGUCUGCUCAGCUGGUUUGCCGUUCAUCCGGUCAGUAUGAAUUACACCAAUCGCAUGGUGAGCUCCGACAACCUGGGCUAUGCCUCGUACGCCUUUGAGAAGGACAAAAACAUCGGCUUUCUACCCGGAGAGGGUCCGUUUGUAGCCGGCUUUUCCUCCAGUAAUCUGGGAGAUUCAUCUCCUAACAUUCGCGGCCCCGUCUGUGUGAAUACGGGUGAAAAGUGUGACUAUCUUAACAGCUCUUGCCCCAUAGGAGGAAAAAAAACUUGCAUUGCUUUUGGUCCGGGUGAAGACAUGUUUGAAAGCACCAGGAUUAUAGGAGAGAACUUGUCUAAAAAAGCAAAGGAGCUGUACAGCAGUGCUUCACAGGAGUUACACUGGUCCGUCCACGCCGCCCAUCAGUGGGUUAAUAUGACGGAUGAAACUGUGCCGUUUAACUCCACUCAUACUGGCCGGACGUGUAAACCCGCUCUAGGUCACAGUUUCGCCGCCGGAACCACAGAUGGAGGAGGAGAGUUCAACUUUGUACAAGGGGAUACGGAUGGAGACCCUUUCUGGGAUGGCAUUAGAGACAUGCUUCUUGGAGCCCCGUCCAAUGAAACCAAAGCUUGUCAUCAACCCAAACCCAUUCUCGUGAGCACAGGAGAGAUGAAUGAUCCUCUGCCAUGGCAUCCAACUAUUGUGGACGUUCAGAUCAUCACUAUUGGCUCUUUUGCCGUCGUUGCUGUGCCUGGAGAAUUCACGACUAUGUCUGGAAGGAGGAUUCGUGAGGCAGUCAAACAGGAGCUGGAUCAGGGGCCAUUCACAAACACAGAGGUGGUGGUCGCGGGUCUAUGCAACAUCUACACCCACUACAUCACCACAUAUGAAGAGUACCAGAUUCAGCGUUAUGAGGGCGCGUCCACCAUCUUUGGUCCUCACACUCUGUCAGCAUACAUCCAGCGCUACAGAGGUCUGUCCAGAGCUAUAGCGCAGGGAACCACGGGAGAGUUGCCCAAAGGUCCUGAGCCUCCGUUCUUCGACGAAGACAAACUCUUUAAUCUGAUCAAGGAUCCGGUAGCAGAUAGAGCGCCUGUAAACUGCACCUUUGGUGAGGUGCUCGAGCAGGUUUCCCCCGUUUAUAAAGUGGGGGAAGUUGCCUCCGUCACGUUUGUCGCUGGAAACCCGAGACACUCUGGAGAUAUAAGGGAUAAGACGUUAGUUACGGUGGAGAGGUUUCACAACGACAUGUGGGAAAUAGUUCACACAGAUGCAUCAUGGGAAACAAGAUUUCACUGGAUUAAAGGACUUCAGGGUGUAAGUAACGCUACGGUGGAGUGGUACAUCCCUCUCGCAGCAGAGAUGGGCACAUACAGGAUUCAACACUUUGGACACUACAAACAGUCUCAGGAGAACACUACCAUCAUCACGCCUUAUGUGGGCACUUCAGACGCUUUCAGAGUCACCAAGAGCUUUUACUACUUUUGA